AUGUUCGCUCUGGAUUCCGAGCCUGGCUAUAAAGACAUGGAGGUUGCGCCCGCCAGCGAUGAGCCGCGGCGCAAAGCCAAUGCAAACGCCGCAUCGCUCAACAAGACGACAACGACGACAAAUUCAUCAGACGACGCUGAUGCGCCACUUUACGGAAGCAGCAGAAGUAGUAGCCCGCAAGACAAGGACACCGCCUCUGCCACCGUCCCCGCCGACGACAUGCUGACUCUCCGGCAGCGGCUGGAGAUCGAAAAGGCGCGAUACCCCGGCGCCAGAACCUGGGCGCCCGACGAGGCUCGUCUCUUUGAGCUACUCUUUUUUCGGCAGGAGCUGGCCAUUCUGCCCUCGCACUGGGGCAUUGAUCUGCGCGGCGUGCCCAUCUCGAGCGUCAAUUUCGCCAAUGCCGAAAACCAACCCGUUGUAUAUGCCCAUGGAAAGGAGUUUCUCGCCACCAUGGCCCUGGUCCGUCUGAUUGAGCUCACCGCCUCCAUCCGCACCACCAGCGAGUCUGGCCUGCACCAGCGCGUGCCGGGCAUGAUCAAGGCCGGGCUCGACCGGUUCCUCGCCUGGGCCGCCGAGGACGGCGGCUACAGCCACCUGCGCGUGGUGCCCAACAUCAUCACCGAGGUCGUCGACGCCGAGCUGCAGGGGGGCGCUAUCACCGCGCUCCUGCAGCGCCGCGUGCGCGCCCUCGCCCGUCUGCAGCGCGAGUUUCUCCGCGAGGACCGGGACCCGGACUUUUGGCACUUUGCGUCGACGUCGCCUCGUGCCCGCGACGACGAAGACGACGACGACUAUGACGAUGAUGAUGGCGUCGCCGACAGAAACCGCCUGCUGCUGCAGAGAUAUCUCUCGCCAAGAAAGCGAAAGGGGCACGUCUACCUCAACCGCAAAAAACACGCUCGGAGACGGCAGGGUCGCCGCCGCGGCAACGCCGCCAUGGAGGACGACGAUGAGCUCGCGAGAGCAACAUCUCCUUCACAGACCGCUAGCACAAACGGCAGCGCGGCGGCUAAGCGACGCCGCACGUUGGUCAGUCCUAUAAGCGAGCUCGACGAUCUCGCCAUGGCGGGCGACUCCUCCUCCCUCGGCAUGCAGUCCUUUUCUUCGCCCAGCGAGCGCCAGGCCGCCAAGCGCCUCCUACCCUCGCCGCCGCCGCCGGCCACCAUCCAGUACCGACGACGCCCGCCCGUCGUGUACGCCCUCUUCAUCAUCAACACCACCGUCUUCGUGCUCACGGUGGACUCCGCGCUCGACGACAACGCGUACAUCAGCUUCCACGUCGAGAUUGAGUUCAUGGACCAGUUUCAGAGCGUGUGGAACGCGCUGACGCUGGCCAUGGUGUCGUGCCUGGCGCGCGACGACAUGCGUCGGCGGGUAGACGACUUUGAGCCGCUCACGGAGGAGGAGGAGGAGAGUGACCCUGAUGCUUAG